AUGACCCAGGUCACCACUUUCUAUUACCCGAGCCUUCCCAUCCAUGUCAGCCCAAGCCCACAUAUUCUGAUGACGCCAGCACUGGAAAGGAUGGAAAACCAGAACAGAAGCCUGAUAGUCAAGUUCAAAGUUGGAACUGCACAAACAACACAAUCUGCAGAUGAUCAACCAGAAGCUUUGGCUGUGAUACAUGAUGAACAACCACUGAAUCACGUAUCUCCAGUAAUCGACUAUGAGGACUUGCCACUCACAGAUGAUGACAUCUGUAAUUUAGAUAAGAUAGUUGAGUCCCAAGCUGCAUCCGUCCGACAAUCAGCAACAGAAAAGGACAAUGACGUCUCUGCGACAGUUCAGUCCCAAGUUUCAUCGACCGAACAAACAGCAACAAGAAAGGAUAAAGAGAUGAAUACUUAUUCCAAGAAGAGGAAAGCAAUGGAUCCGAUGUCGAUAGAAAGAAAUGUGAAGCUGAACCCUAGAAACGCCAAGAAAACAAAGGAUCCUGACUGGGAGUACGGCACUCCAAAAGACAUUCAAGUCCACAAAAAAAUUAUAAUCAAGAAUCUGAAGUGUGACAACAGUACAUGGGAUUCACUGGGCGAUGAUUUGAAAAUGCACUACAAACAAUGGUUUGAAGCCCGCCCGAACAAAAAGGAAGAUGAAGCGUACUGGACAUGUCCUGAAGGCUGGCACUGUUUAUCAAAGAGUGACUUGAAAAGGAUCAUCGAACACUCAGACAUAUUGUCGAGUAGCCUGCAAGUGUACAUGAGGUUGUUGAAGGAAAGGGCAGAAGCUGCCAAACUUCCUGUUGGAUUCAUGAACAUCGAGGUUGUGAAGGAUGUCAUAGAGCAUGAAACAAUGUUGGAACUGCACAAGCUAAGUGGAGGAACAACUGGAGACUUCAAAAGUGGUUAUGAACUCGGUACAGAGGAAAACUUCUAUAACCCACUUUGGACCCUGUUUGGAAAGCAGAUGGUCUUCAUUCCGUUACAUCACGGGACCAGCCUGCACUACACUUUGCUGCUGAUUGACAACAUCAACAAACGCUUUUAUCACAUGAACUCUUCGCUGCCAACACCGUACAAAGAAAAAGACAACUUUCACUUCAAAAAUGCAAAAGCAGUGGUGAAGCACAUCAAGGAGUUCAUCAAACGUAUACACUAUACAACUCUGUUUUCUUUGAGCCAAGACCUUGACCAGAAUGAAUACAGGGAAGAUUAUGCGAUUGAUUACGCACCCGAGGACAGUCAAGGCAGAAAACAUAGCAACAUAGUGAAAAUGACUGACGAUGAAAAGGUGACCAGACGGUCUGAUUGUGGUCCAUUUGUUCUACAUUAUAUGGAGUCAAUGUGUGCUGGGUUGGAUACAAACCAAGAAGGCGGCAACCAAAUGAGGAAGAAGAUUGUCUCGGAUAGCUCAGUAAAAUAUAGGGUCUGGUUGAAUCCUACAGGGACAAUUGAAAUGCUGCUGUGGCAGGGUCCUAGUAAAACUUGGUUGGAUCUGGGGCGUUUACCUUCUGAUAACUGUGAUUUUUAUGCUCAUUGCGGUCCUAAUAGUGCCUUUCGCAGAGGUGCAUCCCUGCCAUCAUCGCCAUGCAAGUGUUUGACUGGUUUUAAAGUCAAGUUUCCGAACCAAUCGGCGAUGGGGGACUGGCCUAAGGGUGUUUCUGUUAAUUCCACGAAGCGGACCCUUGCAAUUGCAAUAGUCUCUGCAGCAGUUGGAUUGCUUACAAUAACUUUUGGCUACUUCUUAUGGAAGAAAAAAUUGGGGAGGAUAGCAAGAAGAGUGAGUGAGAAUAUAAGUAAGGUUAGGGCAGGAGGUGGGAAGAAUGAUACAGAACUACCACUCUUCAGUCUAAGGAGUAUAUUAGCUGCUACAAACAACUUCUCUGAAGGUAAUAAACUUGGAGAGGGAGGAUUUGGCCCUGUUUAUAAGAAGUCCGGGCAAGGGCAUCAUGAGUUCAUGAAUGAGUUGAAACUUAUAGCCAAACUCCAGCACACCAACCUUGCUCGGCUCCUGGGUUGCUGUAUGGAAGAAGAUGAAUUGAUAUUGAUCUACGAGUACAUGCCUAAUCGAAGUUUGGACAAAUUUCUGUUUGACAAAUUAGUAGCAGGACAAUAUAUCACUGGUAAUCAAACUUUGGUUUCUUCCCUUGGGACAUUUUCAUUAGGCUUCUUCAAUCCUGAGAAUUCUAGUAAAUACUUCCUUGGUAUACGAUUCAACACCUUCCCAGACACUGCGUUAGUAUGGAUUGCUAACAGAGAAUCUCCGCUUGAUUCUCCGGGUCUGUUUAUGCUCAGCGGCGAUGGAAACCUUGUAGUGUUGGAUCAGACUGAAAAUAUUGUCUGGUCAACUAAUGCAUCACUAUCUGCUUCUGCAAUGAAUCACACAACUGGAUUACUAGCAGAUACGGGAAACCUUGUUCUUAGCUUUGGAGAAGUCACCUUGUGGCAGAGCUUCAAUCAUCCCUCUGAUACUUUGUUGCCAGACAUGAAGAUUAGCUUGAACAAAAAGACUGGCCAACGAACUGGCCUUACAUCCUGGGCAGCGCUUGAUGAUCCACAACUUGGAAACUUCACCUACGGCAUUGAUAGUCAAGUACCACUUCAGAGCUUUAUCUGGAAGGAAACUCUUCCGUAUUUUAGAAGUUCUGUGUUCGUUGGCAAGGAUACAAGAACAGUCUUUCAAAUUCCAGGUGGAACCGCGAUUUUCUUUUCAUACAACACUGAUGCUGAUGAGGUUUAUGGUGUUUUCAGUGUCUCGAAUAGCUCGGUGAAAUUCAGGGUCUGGUUGAGUCCUACAGGGCAACUUAAACAGCUGCUGUGGCAGGGUUCUAGUAAAACUUGGUUGGAACUUGAGACUUUACCUUCUGAUAACUGUGAUUUUUAUGCUCAUUGCGGUCCCAAUAGUGCGUGUAGUAGAGGUGAUUCCCUGCUGUCGUCAACACCAUGCAAGUGUUUGACUGAUUUUAAAGCCAAGUUUCCGAACCAAUCGGUGGAGGGGGAUUGGUCCGGGGGCUGCAUUAGGGAAAAGGUGUUGGCAUGUGGUAAUGGCAUACAGGAUAACUUUUCAAGGCUUGAAAACGUGAAACUGCCGGAUCAUUCUGUUGUGUUAAACAAUAAGACUUAUAAGAGUAUGAGCGAGUGUGAGUCGGAAUGUCAGCAGAGCUGUUCUUGCACAGCUUAUGCUUAUGUAAAUGGGACAGAUGGAAGCACUGGGAAAUGUUUAGCAUGGUUUGGCGAAUUACAGGAUCUAGUAGAGACUAAAAUUAUUGCUGCAAAUGAUAUUCGUAUUCGUGUUCACGGGUCUGAAUUAGGCAAAAAGGGUGUUUCUGUUAAUUCCUUAAAGAGGACCCUUGUAAUUGCAAUAGUCUCUGCUGCAGUUGGACUGCUUACAAUAACUUCUGGCUAUUUCUUAUGGAAGAAAAAAUUGGGGAGGAUAACAAGAACAGUAAGUGAGAAUUUAGGUGGGAAGAAUGAUACAGAACUACCACUCUUCAGUUUAAGGAGUAUAUUAGCUGCCACAAACAACUUCUCUGAAGACAAUAAACUUGGGGAGGGAGGAUUUGGCCCUGUUUAUAAGGGAAUUUUGCCGGGAAAUCAAGAAGUGGCCGUAAAGAGGCUAUCAAAGAAGUCUGGGCAAGGGCAUCAUGAGUUCAUGAAUGAGUUGAAACUUAUAGCCAAACUCCAGCAUACCAACCUUGCUCAUCUCAUGGGUUGCUGCACGGAAGGAGAUGAACUGAUAUUGAUCUACGAGUACAUGCCUAAUCGAAGUUUGGACAAAUUUUUGUUUGAUCCUUUUGAAAAGACAAAGUUGGACUGGGCUACACGGUUUCGAAUUAUACAAGGUAUUGCUCAAGGAGUACUAUAUAUCCACAAAUACUCUAGGUUGAAAAUCAUCCAUAGAGAUUUAAAAGCAAGUAAUGUUCUGUUGGAUGGAAUGAUGAAUCCCAAAGUGUCUGACUUUGGAAUGGCGAGGAUUUUUGAUAUAAAUCAAAUUGAAGCAAAUACCAACAAGGUUGUUGGGACAUACGGCUACAUGUCACCUGAAUAUGCAGUAUAUGGUCAUUUUUCUGGGAAAUUGGAUGUGUUCAGUUUUGGAGUACUAUUGUUAGAGAUUGUAAGCGGAAAGAAGAAUGCUUUGUUUUAUUCUUGCGAAAAUUCACAAACGCUAGCUCAAUGGAUAUGGCAACUAUGGAAAGAAGGUAGAGGAGUGGAGGUAAUUGACGCAUCAGUAAGGGAAACUUGCCGGAUUCAUGAAGCUUUGAGGUGCAUCCAUGUCGGGCUUUUGUGUGUUCAAGAAGCUCCAGCUGAUCGACCGACAAUGUCUUUAGUGAUUCAUAUGCUCGAGGCUGAAGAAGCUACCUCACUUCCACCCUCCAAAGAACCUGCGUUUUCAACAAGUAGGAAUUCAAGUUCUGUUACCACUUAUUCCAAAAAUGGAGUCACUAUUACUUUGCCAGAACCUCGAUAG